CUGGGUCAGGGGGACCCGCCCCGCGGGCCCCGAACCCGCGUGUCCCCCCAGAGGGACCUUAGGUCAGAGGCCUCCCUGGGGAUGGAGGUCUGGGGUGUCGCCACAGGUUGGAGGCCCGGGGACCCCCAUGCGAGGUCUGGGGCUCCCCGAGGUAUCUGCUGUCUGGGAUCCCGGUGUGGUGGCCUACGUGGAGGUGUGGUCGGCCACCGGCGCGGAGAACUACUCCAGGGCGUUCGCAGAGCAGCUCGUGGACAUGGGGGCGAAGGUUUCAAAAACUCUGAACAAACACGUCACUCAUGUUGUGUUCAAGGACGGGUACCCCAGCACCUGGGAGCGGGCGCGGAGGACGGGCGCGAAGCUGGUCUCGGUGCUCUGGGUCGAGAAGUGCCGCACUGAGGGUGCCCACGUGGACGAGGCGCUGUUCCCCGCCGCCGACACCAGCAAGCACCUGCCUGGCCUGGUCAGGAGGAAGCGGAAAUGCAUGCAGCCCAAAGACUUUAUCCCGAAAACUCCCGAAAAUGACAAAAGACUGCAAAAGAAAUUUGAGAAGAUGGCUAAAGAGCUGCGGAGACAGAAAACGAGUCUAGAUGAGGUUCUUUUAUUUGAAUCUAAUGGCUCGUUGAUGUACAGCCCCUCGGGGGCUGCGGGCGGCGGCCACCACCUUGUGAUGGAGAAGCGGCUGCAGGAGAUGAAGGACAGGCGGGAAAACCUCUCCCCUACCUCUUCCCAAGUGACCGAGAUGUCCCGUGACGGCCAGGCCAGCUCUCCGUGCGGAGCAUCUGUGAACACCUCACAUGAUGAUUUGUGUUCAGAUGACUCCUUCGCCGGGGACCUGCACACGUCUUUUGAGGAGCUUUGUGGAACCUCGCGAGGAGGCCGGGAAGGGGAGCCCCGGGGAGCGGCCGGGGCCCCGAGUGUGCCGGGCACCCCCGGGGUCCCCACCCUGGUGUCCCCGCGCCCCCACCCGUGCCCCCACCGGCCGCCCGCGCUGCGGGGGUCCCCGCGUGACCAAGGCCGGGCGCGAGGACGCCGGCGGGGCGGCCCCAUCACCCCGGGCCGCCCCCGGGCCCGGCGGCCCCCCAAGGAGUCGCGGCUGCUCCCCGCGGACAGCGGCGCGGACACGGCCUUCGACGACUACUUCUCGCCCGCCAACCUGCGCGAGCGCCGCGCCGCGCCCCCGCCGCCCCCCGCGCCCCCCGCGCCCGGGCUCUCCCCGCUUGAGCGCGCGCUGGUGCUGGGGCGCAGCGACCUCUCGCGCAUCGGCAGGGCCCGCGCGGGGAGCCCCUUGCCCCCCGGCCCCGCAGAAGCCGCUGGCCCGGCCCCGCCGCCGCCCCGGGAGGGCCCCGCCCCGCAGGGGAGCCCCGAGGAUGCGGGAGCAGCCAUCGCCCCGCGGGGAGACCCGCCCGCCCAGGAGCCGCAGGAGCAGCCGGAGAGCCCGCCCGGAGGCGCCCCUGGAACGCUGACCCCCGGCCGGAGCCGGAGCCGGAGCCGCGCGGUGGCCGGUGGCCGGGCCAGGGCCGCCGCAGGGAGAAACUCAGGCCCCGAAGCCCAGAUCGCCCCUUCGUCUGCUAUGGAGCUUGUCCCCUGCCCUGGCCUCUGGUUCUGGUCACUGCGCGCCUGGGCGCUGCCAUUGGAACAGUGCGGGGCAGGGAAUUGGUGCCAGGCGGGGCUGCCCACCCUCAUCAUGCAAGCUGCUGCUGCCCUGGAAGGGGGCACUGCUUGGGGUGUCGAGGGAGGAAGGAAAGCGGCACAGAGACGGGGCAGGAGCAUAUGCGAUUCGACUGGAGGCGCAGUGCACAGGGGUUCUGGUGCGGCUCGCUGCUGGCCUCCAGCCCUGGGGUCUGACUGCUCUGCUCUCCCCUUGGUCUCAGGUGCUCCGGGCCGACCCAGGAGCCGGGACGCGCCGGGCAGCUGGCGGGAAGGCGCGCAGGACGGCGUCUGGCCUCUCGAGGAGCCGCGGGGCAUAGGGCGAGGCCCCAAGCCCACGAGAACCCUGGUCAUGACCAGCAUGCCGUCCGAAAAGCAGAACGUCGUCAUCCAGGUGGUGAACAGCCUGCAGGGCUUCGCGCUGGCCCGGGAAGUGUGUGACACCACCACCCACGUGCUGGCCGGGGCGCCCGGGCGCACCCUAAACGUGCUGCUGGGCAUCGCCCGUGGCUGCUGGGUGCUCGCCUACGAGUGGGUGCUGUGGUCGCUGGAGCUGGGCCGCUGGAUUCCCGAGGAGCCCUUCGAACUGGCCAGCCACUUCCCCGCAGCUCCUGUCUGCCGCCAGGAGCGCCUUCUCUCCGCGGGGCCGUACCGGGGAACCCUGUUUGCUGACCAGCCGUCCAUGUUCAUCGCCCCAGCCAGCACCCCCCCCAGGAGCAAGCUGCGGCAGCUGGUGCGCCUGUGCGGGGGCCGGGUGGUGUCCUCGCCUUGCCAGGCGGGCAUCCUCAUCGGGCCCUGCCGGGGACAGAGGACGGCGACUGCCCAGCACCUGUCGGAGAUGUGGAUCCUAGAAGCGUCGCUCGUGGGGAUGGGCAAGCAGGAGGCUUUCACGACAGAGAGGUGGCCCUUCCUGGCAGAGGCAGUGGGCAGCACCCGCAGGAAAGGUCCCCAGGGCUCUGCCACCCACUUGUGAUCCGAGG